CCUUGGUUGGAUUAAUUGUAAUGGCUGCGAUGACUGUUUUUACAAUCUAUGGUUAUUGGCCUUUGGGCAGUACCGUCUGCACCAUUUAUAUCAUAGUUGAUUACUGUUGUGUCACCGUGUCUAUGUUGCACCUUGAUGUCAUCGCGUAUCAGCGUUUUAAAGCCAUCAACGACCCUUUAGCAUACUACGCUGAAGAUAGGAAAAAUUAUAAAAAGACUUUGAAACACAUUGCCGCCGUUUGGACGAUCGGAAUUGUGGCCUGGCUACCAGCUAUAUUGUACUUCAGAACAAAGAGCAUGAAUGAUGGAACCAUUGACGAGAUGGAUUGUUAUUUUUUACCAACUAAUGCUUAUUACGUGGUCGCUCAAACUUGUAUUGUUCAUGGUAUACCUAUGAUCAUCGUGGUAUAUUAUUGCGGCAAAACUGCUUAUAUGUUCAUGGGGUCCAAGCUCUCAAAGGCGUUUACAACACAAUUGGAAAGCAGUGAAGGAAAUGCUGCCACAAAUACGGAAACUAACAAGACAAUCUCCCAAGCGUACCUUCAGAAACGCAUCCAACAGGAAAAGCGCAUUUCUAAAAUGUUCGGCAUAGUUAUUAUAUGUUUCUUGAUUUGCUGGUUGCCCUUCUGUAUUAUUUGGCCCAUAGGCGCAUUUUGUCCACAUUGUGUCCCAUUGAAAGCCUAUGAAGUGUCCUACUGGAUGAUUUACCUUAAUUCAACAAUGAACCCAGCGUUGGUUUUCAUAAUGAAUAAGGAUUAUCGGAAGGCGUUAAGAAAAACACCCGUAUCACGUUUAAAUACAUCUGAUAGUACAUGGUAUCAAACAACAACGGCACCCCCUCUACAGUGAAAAGUGCUUAAUGUUACAAGGUAUGUCAUAAUUCCUUUUAAAGACAAUCUCAUUCUGCAGUUACCUGAG